GCCCUAGUAAUAAUAUGACCUCCAAUAUUGUAUUCAAUAAUGAAUUUCUCUGUAGUUAAUGAACAGAAUGGAAUUUCCAAGAGACAGCCUAAGAUAUUUUACCUACCGUUGAUAACCCACAAACUACAGUUAUCAACAAGUUAUACCACCAUACGAAUAUUUAUGACCUACCUAUCCAUUUUGAUCAAGAAAACGACUUAAUAAAAGGAACAACACAAAAAUAUGCAUAGCUUCCACGGCAAGUUUUCCAUUCAAGAUCGAUGAAGCGUAGACGAACAAGAUGGAUUCAAUAAAGCCGCGUUGUUGUUGUUCUUCGUCUUCCUCUCCGUCUCCAAGAUUUUCUACUGCUCGCUCUAAGGAGGAGGAACCAGCGGAUUGUUACUAUAAGGCUGCGGAAUUUUGUUGCAGCGGUUGUUUAUUCUGUGUUUCGUGUCCGCUCUGUGUUGUUUGGUGCUGUGUUAAGCUGCCCUGCAAGAUUGGGUGGAAGGCUGCGAAGAAAUUUGGGGAUUGGAUCUGUUGCGGAUCGGAGAAGAAAGUUUUUGCGUCUUAUUCGUCGUUUUCGGAUAUUGAUUCGGAUAGUUUGCCGGAUAAGUUAGGUCAAUUGGAUGCAAGUUCUGGAAAAACUAGGGUUAUGCUCAAUAGUUCUGGAAAAACUAGUAGAAGGUUUCAAUGUGGAAGGUGAUUUAUCUUGUGCAAGCUGUUUUUUGUGAGUUGUCCUUAAUUGCAAAUAUUUAAUUUUAAUUUAGAUUCUAAUUCUGCUAAA